AUGACACGCCUUUUCGCCUCCGCCGCCGCUCUUUUGAGCGUGAUAAGCCAGCUUCCUAAUACCGCCUCUGCAAAGUGUGAGUGUGGCUACUCAUUGAACAAGACCACCGAUGCCUCGCACGAGGUCUGGACCGACUUGCUGGAAACCGACUUCAUGCAUGCCGACACCCUCAACUCGGAAAGCAUAGGAUGGAGUCCUCAGGAAUACAAUGUCACUUCCAAAUCCGCCCGAGGACCUUACGGAAAGAUGGCGUCCUUGGCCAAUGUCAUUGCCAACCCAUUGAAAAACUCCUGGGACUGGUCCGGCGAAGGCAUCCACGGAGGAGACCCGGGAAUGCAACUCUGGGCGCGUUCGGAGAUUGUUGAGGACAUGGUCGGCAUGGGCGAGAUCGUUGCAGACCGAACGGAUAUGCUAUACGGUAGUUUCCGUGUCGCCAUGAAGCUGACGGCCGUGCCUGGUACCUGUGGCGCUUUUUUCUGGUUUAGAAAUGACACCCAGGAGAUCGACAUGGAAUUCCUCUCGAAGCAGCUCAACGCUACUGCUAACCCGGUGAAUCUCGUCCUUCAAUCACCCCAAUCAGCUGCCAAUGGCUAUGAUGCCGCCAACACCCAAACCUACGACAUCUAUCCGCUUCCCUUCAAGCCGGAUGAGGCCUUCCAUGAGUACCGCUUUGACUGGAUUGAGGACCGUGUUUCCUUCUACGCCGAUGGCCAAUGGAUGAAGGACAUGACCGUCGACCUGCCCAACAGCCCCGGCCACCUCACGCUUAACCACUGGAGCAACGGCGACCACGGCUGGUCGGCCGGUCCGCCUAAGGAAGACGCGCUGCUCACGGUCUCAUACGUCAAGGCCUACUUCAACUCAUCCGACACGGACCGCCAGAAGGACUACCAGCUCCGUUGCAACGACACAAUCAGAGCGAAUGAGAGCAGCAUCUGCGAGAUUCCUGCGCAACUCACGUCGCCCGACCCAUCGGGCUCUGACGGCAACAACACGGCGCACACGUUCUUCUUCUCUGAGGACCCGGAGGAGACAUCGAACCAGACGGUGUACAGCGACUGGCGGGAUGACAGCAGCGCGGGCUCCUUGCACUCGCCGAUGGGCGUUGUGGCUGUGAGUGUGGCCUUUGCGUCCGUAAUGGCGCUCAUUGGACUUGUAUAA